AUGUCAGGAUGUUCAGCAAGAAAACCUCUUAUUGUGGUAUUAGAGAGCAAAAGACGACAGUUUAUUUAUNAUUUUUUAGUAGCUUCGUGUUCAUUAACUAUUGGUAUGUGUUUGGAGUGGACGUGGUGUUCGACAGAAAUAGAAAAAUACCAAUCGAAAAUGUUGAAAGAUCUUCUUUUUCUCGGAGCAAUUGCUAGCGCUGGACCUGCGGCAAUUUUAGCGUCAUUGGUUGGUCUUAAACCGGUACUUGUCAUUGGGAUGGUUUUAACCUUCUGUGGAUCUGUCAUAAUUGUGUAUUCAAUGGGUGUAUUGACAGUACUAUACAUAGGACGUAUCCUGCAAGGUUUUGGCGCUGGAGUCGUGUGUGUAGUCGUGCCCAAUUAUGUUGCAGAUAUUGCAGAGCCGAAGUUCAGAAGUUUGUUAACUGGUUUCCAUUACAUACAUUUAUUAAUUGGUAUGAUUUUGUCACGUUUCACAAGUGAAUUCGACAAUUAUUGUUAUGUGGAUAUGGGAACUAUAGCUAUGGUUGUUGUGAACCUUCUAGCACUAUUAGCUAUUGAUGACCCACCUUAUUAUCGGAUGAAAUUUCAUGAAAAAUGGACAGAUUUUUAUAAUCUUGAUUACAGUCUACAGAUUCAAGAUAAUUGUCGUUCUAAAAUUUUACAAGAUAAUUAUUACAAGAUUUUUAAGAUCGAAGACAACCAUUGCUUUUUUUUAUAUUUUACGAAAAAACGAUUUUUGCGGCCGCUAUUGAUUAACGUCUGCCUAAUUAGUAUUCAACAAUUUAGUGGUCACUUUUCUCUAACGUAUAAUCUCCAAUGUCUUAACAGAAUACUAUCUAUUAGCGAAAUAAUACCGACCGUGACUGCAAUCUUACUUCUCCAACUUAUUACAUGUAUUAUAUGCUUAUACAUCGUCAGUGUUUUGGAAAAGAAAAACGUAUUAAUCAUUUCGGGAUUUGGAAUGGCAAUAACUUUAUCUUUAAUGAAUGUCGCAUACCAUAUAGAAAUUAACGAUAGUGAUGAGCUAUGGUUACCAAGUUUAAUUUUAAUUUACAUAAUAUUUUAUUCCAUCGGAUAUGGUCCAGUUCCUUGGAUGUUAAUGACCGAAAUAUGCCCAAGAUCAUCAAGAUUGUGGACUUCUGGCAUCACGGUCAGUUUAUACGCUUUCCUGAGCUUAAUCAAUAAUCAAUCAUUUUACGAAAACAUUAAAUUAGUAUAUGGAAUGGACAUUUUCACUAUUGUAACUGCAUUUGGURCAUAUUUUGCAUAUUUGUAUGUACCAAAAACAAAAGACUGUAUUCUAACAUAA